AUGUCAAUAAACGGAGUCGUCUUGAAGCCCAACUACUCGAGGUAUUUCAGCUCUAACGAACUACCCUUUGAAGUUAGUAGUGACGGAUUAGAAACACUAAAAUACAAAACUCGCACGUCGAGGCAAAACCUAUUGAUUGCGCUGAAUGGCAACUCACCGUCAAAACUAAAAAUAACUGCUCGGGAUGGUUACUUAUAUCUCACCACCAAAAGAUUGAUAUUCAUAACCGCUUAUCAAGGUGAUGUCGAAUCUUUUGUGUUGGAUUUGACUUUGGCGCCAAUUUUACAAUUGAGCCACAAGUUGAAGGCACCUUGGUUUGGGGUGAAUUACUGGGAAUUCAUGUUCUACAGUGCUAAGGAACCAAGCAUAGUUAGUGAUGGGUUUCCAAAAAAUGAAUAUUUCAAAGGAGAGAUUUACUUUCAAGAUGGUGGUUUAUUUGAUUUUGUUGAAGCGCUCAAUACUAUAUUGAAUGACGUUGUCAAUAAUCAGGAUAUUGAUGACGAGCUUCCAUCGUAUAGUGCUGCUGCCACUUAG